AUGUCCUCCAAACGGGGCCGCAAGCGGAAUGACAACCUCCCUCCCAAUCGUGCACGAGACGUCCAGAGAGCCUUCCGCGCCCGCCGCGCAGCACAUCUCGAGGCUUUGGAGAGCAGAGUGACGGAGCUCGAGGAAGAGAACAACAAUCUGCGUGCUGCGCUCAAUCUUCCGCCCGCGAACCGCAUGCCACUCGGCAAGGGCCCCACCGGCAAGGAUAGGCCCAAGUCUCUGUCGCAACCGCAGCAGUCAAACACCGCCUCCCAGCCCGGCUCUUCGACGCUGCCACCAAUACAGUUCCUCCCGCAGGUAUCGCCGACCAACUCACUUCCCUCCAUGCCCGUCAGUCGACACGACUCUCCGUCGUCCGCGUCGACCCGGACACACUCCUUGUCCCCGACCGCCUUCAAUCCCUCGCUCGGGCAGGCCGGCCCCAUGUCGGGGAUGGACUCCUCACCAUGGGACAGCUCUGCGUACAUGGGCAAGGACCAGCCAGAACCUGGUCCCUCUUCCACUUCCAACAGUUACACAAUCCCGCCCGUACCCGGCCCAUCCACUUCGCAUUCCUCCGCGUAUGCAUCUUCUACAUCGCGCCAGUCGCUGGACGAAUCGUACGUCCCUCUUACGAGCUAUCAAUACUCUCCAGAGAGAUCAAUGGCCUCCGACCCUUACUCUGGGAUCACCGGUUCGGGCUUUCUCUUGCGGGACGAGCGCCGCCCUUUCACGUAUCAACAGCCUUCAUUUCCCACGCAUGCCGGUCAGCUUCAUGCGCAUUCCUCUCCGGUCUCUGCUGUUUCGCCCUCGAUGCCAUCUGGAGGAGGCCAGCACAUUCAUUCACCAUACGCUCACCGUCGGUCAGCGACCGAGCCGCAGGGAUAUCGGUCGAACAUCCAGCUUGGCUCCAUUCCUCAGAUGCGCGCCCCGCAGCCGCCCAAUCUGCCAAACCGCCUGCCGUCCCCCAACCAGCUCUCUGGGGCGGGUGGCGCGCCACCGCCGCUACACCCGGGCUACGAGUACGGCGACGAGCGGAAACUCGACAGGCUGCGCUAG